CAGGACUCUACUGGCACUAGCCACACUGCGCAGCCUGCAGCUCAGCCUAGGGGAGCUCAGAAGAGGUCUGGGAGGGGUGAGUGCACUGUCUGCUGAGAGACAGGAAUGGCCACGCUAUAAAACCCAGGGCCUGGAAGGGAGACACCUUCUGGGAAACGAGGCAGUAGCCAGGCAAGGUCCUGAGUGGGCUUCAGGAGGAAAGAGUCUCCAGAGCACAGAGCGCCAUCUCCACCAAAGGGGUGCAAGAGUGGCUUGUCCAGGACCUGGGUGACAGUACAGGGAUCCUGGAGGGACACACCAGGGACCCUGAAGUGCGGGAAGUCGGACCUAGUCCAGAGCAAGCCUUUGAGGGCCAUAGCUAAAGGUGCAGCCUCCAGAGCCCUCGGAGCGAGGGAGACCAGCCCUCGCAGCUCACACAAAACAUGGACCUGCGCACAAUGACACAGUCGCUGGUGACUCUGGCAGAAGACAACAUGGCCUUCUUCUCAAGCCAGGGCCCUGGGGAGACCGCACGACGACUGUCCGGCGUCUUUGCGGGUAUUCGGGAGCAGGCGCUGGGGCUGGAGCCAGCCCUGGGCCGCCUGCUGAGCGUGGCGCACCUCUUCGACCUGGACGCAGAGACGCCGGCCAAUGGGUACCGCAGCCUGGUGCACACAGCCCGCUGCUGCCUGGCACACCUGCUACACAAAUCCCGCUACGUGGCCUCCAAUCGCCGGAGCAUCUUCUUCCGCACCAGCCACAACCUGGCGGAACUUGAGGCCUACCUGGUCGCCCUCACCCAGCUCCGUGCCCUAGCCUACUACGCCCAGCGCCUGCUGGCCACCAACCGGCCUGGGGGGCUCUUCUUCGAGGGCGACGAGGGGCUCAUUGCUGAAUUCCUGCGCGAGUAUGUCACUCUGCACAAGGGCUGCUUCUACGGUCGCUGUCUGGGCUUCCAGUUCACACCAGCCAUCCGGCCAUUCCUGCAGACUAUCUCCAUCGGGCUGGUGUCCUUCGGGGAGCACUAUAAGCGCAAUGAAACAGGCCUUGGUGUGACCGCCAGCUCCCUCUUCACCAGCGGCCGGUUUGCCAUUGACCCAGAGCUGCGUGGGGCUGAGUUUGAGCGGAUCAUACAGAACCUAGAUGUGCACUUCUGGAAAGCCUUCUGGAAUAUCACCGAGAUUGAGGUGCUGUCGUCUCUAGCAAACAUGGCAUCAGCCACCGUGAGAGUAAGCCGCCUGCUCAGUCUGCCACCAGAGGCCUUUGAAAUGCCAUUGACUGCUGACCCCAAGCUCACAGUCACCAUCUCACCUCCACUGGCCCACAGUGGCCCGGGGCCGGUCCUUGUCAGGCUCAUCUCCUAUGACCUGCGUGAAGGACAGGACAGUGAGGAGCUCAGCAGCCUGGUGAAGUCCGAGGGGCCCCGGAGCCUGGAGCUGCGGCCGCGCCCGCAGCAGGCACCCCGCUCACAGUCCCUGGUGGUGCACAUCCAUGGUGGUGGCUUUGUGGCCCAGACCUCCAAAUCCCAUGAGCCCUACCUCAAGAGCUGGGCCCAGGAGCUGGGUGUCCCCAUCGUCUCCAUCGACUACUCCCUGGCCCCUGAGGCCCCCUUCCCCCGCGCGCUGGAGGAGUGCUUCUACGCUUACUGCUGGGCUGUCAAGCACUGUGCCCUCCUCGGCUCGACAGGGGAACGGGUAUGCCUCGCAGGAGACAGCGCAGGUGGGAACCUCUGCUUCACCGUGUCCCUUCGGGCAGCAGCCUAUGGGGUGCGGGUGCCAGAUGGCAUCAUGGCAGCUUACCCGGCUACGAUGCUACAAUCUACCGCCUCACCCUCCCGCCUUCUGAGCCUCAUGGACCCACUGCUGCCCCUCAGCGUGCUCACCAAAUGUGUCAGCGCCUAUGCUGGUGGAGAGACAGAGGACCGCUCUGACUCAGACCAGAAGGCACUGGGCAUGAUGGGGCUGGUGCGGCGGGACACGGCCCUGCUCUUCCGAGACCUCCGCCUGGGUGCCUCCUCAUGGCUCCACUCAUUCUUGGACCUGAGUGGGCACAAGUCCCAUACGAAUUCAGUGCCCACGGCAGAGCCGGUGCGUCGCAGCGUGUCUGAGGCAGCCCUGGCCCAGCCUGAGGGCCUGCUGGGCACGGACUCCCUCAAGAGCCUGACACUCCAUGACCUGAGCCUAAAGGGCAGCUCUGACACAUCAGAGACCCCUGAGCUGUCGCUGUCUGCGGAGACACUGGGCUCCUCCACACCCUCCAACGUCAACUUCUUAGUUGGCCCAGAGGAGGCCCCGGAAGAAGCCGCCAAGACGCAGGAGGAGUUGAGCACCAAGGACAGAGGCUGUGGCGCGCGAGCCGCUUUCCCUGAGGGUUUCCACCCCAGGCGCUCCAGCCAGGGCUCCACUUGGAUGCCCGUCUGCUCCUCGCCCAUUGUCAAGAACCCCUUCAUGUCGCCGCUGCUGGCGUCUGACAGCAUGCUACAGAGCCUGCCGCCCGUGCACAUUGUGGCGUGCGCGCUGGACCCCAUGCUGGACGACUCGGUCAUGUUCGCGCGGCGGCUGCGCGGCCUGGGCAAGCCGGUGACGCUGCGCGUGGUGGAGGACCUGCCGCACGGCUUCCUGAGCCUGGCGGCGCUGUGCCGGGAGACGCGACACGCCGCCGCGCUGUGCGUGGAGCGCAUCCGUCUCGUCCUCACCCAGCCCGCCGCGCCCUCCUCACCGCCCCUCUGAGCCCCAAGCCCGAGCCGCGCCGCGCGGGGGAUGGGGCUGCGGGGGGCGGCACUAAAGGCCUCUUGUUCCCUCCGAGCCGGCCUCCGUGAUGAAUGCGCCCCGGGGUGGGCGGCGGGACCCCCGCGAGGGGCUCCCGGCCCAUGCGGCCCCUCCCUCGGGCCGGGCGGGAGGGGCAGACUGUGCCUUAUGGUGGGGGGGGCGGGGAUGGUCGCCGGGUGGGCGGGGGGCGGGGCGGCGCCGAGAGCCCAGACCCCGGCCUGGGGGGAGGGGGCGCACACCGACCAGUCUCCGAGACAGCUGGAGCUGCACUCCACCAUUGCCUUCUGCUGCUGCUGCUGCUGCUGCUGUGACCGCCGCGGGGUCGGGGGCCUGGCCCUACCCGGCAAGUCAGUUGUUUUGUUCCUUUGUAAAUAAAAGUAUUUAAUUAGU